GUGUAUAAUUUUUUUUUCGCUUGGCAUUCAGUCGAAUCCGAACGAAGCGAUUCUAUGUGUCAUAAAAAUGAAUUUCACACAUCUUGCCAGUGAAGAAAUUUAACUAAAUAAGAAUUAUCUCAAAUAAACGAAUUGAAGAACAAUAAAAAUAGUUAAUUAAAUACGUGAUGGUGUUAUUGCCGUUUUUUAUCAUUUUCAAAUAAACAAAAAUAUUAAAGUACAGUCGAUUUUGCAAUUUUUCUUUUUCCUUUUGUGCAUAUUCGCACACGGUGCGGUUAGAAAUAGUAACAAAAAUCAUAUACGUCAACAUCAUCAACAUCAAGUGGACAACUUACGUGUUGAAACCAAAACAUAGUGUGGAGUAAACCGAUUGGAUAACAUUCUAAUUGGAAAUAAAAAUACGAAAGAAGCGUACCUAUUUCGACCGAAGAAGCGAAACAUAGAAGCGAACUUGUGUAACAGUGAAUUAACAGUGUCUGGUGGAACACAGAGUACACAAAAAAAAUGUCAUUCUUAACGAGACAAACAAAACUUCCAGUCAAUUGUUUUAGAUAUGUUGCCAAUAGUUCGGCACGUUGCCUGUCAACAUCGAAGGCAUGUUCGGUGAAAUCCGUUGUCCAACUGCCAAAUGUUCCAGACAUUAAGCUAUACAAUGAACCGGUACUUGACUAUCGCAAGGGCUCAACAGAACGUACCCAAUUGGAGAAAAAAUUAAAAGAAACGGCCAGCACAUGUGAAGAUAUCCCAAUUGUUAUUGGAAACGAAGAGUUUCGUACAAAUCAAGUGCGAUGCCAAGUGAUGCCACAUGAUCAUUCGAAAAAUAUUGCCGCAUUUUACUAUGCUGAUCAAUCGCUCAUUCAAAAAGCCAUCAAUGUUUCGGUUGAAGCGCAAAAGAAAUGGGAUCGUGUACCGUUUGAUGAACGUGUUAAAAUUUGGAAUCGAGCUGCCGAUCUAAUGGCCGGCGAAUAUCGCCAAACUUUAAAUGCUGCCACUAUGCUUGGCCAAUCGAAAACGGCCAUCCAGGCCGAAAUUGAUUCGGCCGCUGAACUCAUCGAUUUUAUUCGCAUGAAUACGGCAUAUCUGAAAGAUAAUUUAAAAUAUCAACCGAUCAGUGAAAAUCCAAGUGUCACCAAGAAUCUAUUGCGCUAUCGUGGUAUUGAUGGUUUCAUUGCUGCUGUCAGCCCAUUCAAUUUUACUGCGAUUGGUGGCAAUUUAGCCUACACUCCAGCUUUAAUGGGUAACUCGGUUCUGUGGAAGCCAUCCGACACAGCCAUUCUAUCAAAUUGGACAAUAUUCAAGAUUAUGCGAGAAGCCGGUGUUCCACCAGGCGUAGUCAAUUUUGUUCCUGCUGAUGGUCCUGUGUUCGGUGAUACAAUCACCGCUUCACCAUACCUGGCCGGCAUUAAUUUUACCGGAUCCGUACCAACGUUUGCACGAUUGUGGCGUCAAGUUGGUGAAAAUAUUACAAACUAUGUGAAUUUCCCACGUUUGAUUGGAGAAUGUGGUGGUAAAAAUUAUCACUUUGUUCAUCCAACGGCUGAUGUUGAUACGGUGGCAACGGCCACAAUCCGAUCGGCAUUCGAAUACUGUGGUCAAAAGUGUUCGGCAUGUUCACGAGCCUAUAUCCCAGAAUCACUCUGGCCAGCUAUUAAACCAAAAUUAUUGGAAUUGCGUGACAGCCUUAAAAUUGGCGAUGUUACCGAUUUCUCAUCAUUUACAUCGGCUGUAAUUGAUGACAAGGCAUUUGCUCGCAUCAAAUCAUACAUCGAUCAUGCAAAUAAUAGUUCGAACUUGGAAGUUAUUGGUGGCGGAAGUUAUAACGAUAGCAAAGGUUAUUUCAUUCAACCAACAAUCGUUCAAACCAAAGAUCCACAUGACAAAAUCAUGGUUGAGGAGAUUUUCGGCCCAGUAUUAACCAUUUAUGUGUACAAAGAUAAAGAUGUGAAACAAGCACUUGAACUUGUCGGUUCAAGCACGAAAUUUGCAUUGACUGGCGCAGUUUUUGCACAAGACCAAUCUUUCUUGAAGGAAGCUGCUGAGGAAUUGAAAAUGACUGCUGGUAAUUUCUAUAUCAAUGAUAAAUCAACCGGAUCAGUUGUUGGCCAACAACCAUUUGGUGGUGGCCGUCAUUCAGGUACUAAUGAUAAAGCCGGUGGCCCGCACUACUGCCUGCGAUGGGCAUCACCACAAUCGAUCAAAGAAACAUUUGUUCCGUUACGCGAUGUAACCUAUCCAUACAUGAGCGAGUAAGAAUCUCUUCCAGCUCAAUACAUCGAUAGAAUCGAUUUCAACCACAAAACCACACAGACACACACUUAAUUACAAAAAACAACAACAAAUUUACUUACUCUAUAUUAUGAAUGUGUUGAACAACUAAAAAAGCGAUAAAAUACUAAUUCAGAUAUAUAGAAAAACGCUUGAAAUCUUUACCAUGUGCAUUUGUGAUUUUUUUCUGUUUCUAUAAAGAUGAGAGAAAACUGUGUAUAAGAUUUGAAAUAAUAUGACAUGUAUGGUAAAGAAGAAUAGUUUUACAAGAAAAAAAAAGAGUAUUGAAUCCAUAUUAAAUGAAUGAAAGCAAACAAAAACGGAUUAUAAUUUAUUGACAAUUUGCUGAUGAAGAAAUGAAAAUAAAAACCGAAAUUUAUUAUUAUUGUAAUUUCCUGUGUUGGAACAAAUUCAUAUAUUAGAAGGUUUAAUGAAAAAAGAAAACUGAAGAUUGUUUAUGUAAUUAGUUUAUAAAAGAAAAAAAAUGGACAAUACACACCCACGUAGCAACACAAACAUGCCGUAUUCUGUAUUUUAAUCGAUAUCAAAUGAAAUUUGAAACCCUCUAGAAUUAGUAACUGUUUCAUUUUAUUUUGUUCUCGAUGAGUUGUUACUGCAGUCAAAUCUCAAUAAGAAGAGAGAUAGGCAUCUUACAAUCGUUCAUAUGUUCAGCUGAUGGCCAUUGCCAAUCGAUUUACAUAGACGAUCAUUUGAAAUAAGCUCAAACUAUACUGUGUACUACACAAUACACAUACAUAAACACUCACACAAAACCAUUUAGUCGAUAAACUUGUAUCCCCGAAGAAAAAGCAUAUCGUAUAUAUAUUCAAAUCUAUUGUUCCUAAUUCAUUCGAACUUGAAAUCAAAAUUGAUUAUGUUGUUUCAAUUUUUGAUUUUGGUUCCCAAUUAAAUGUUGAUUUAAAUGAUUCGAGGUGCAUGAAAGAAAGCAAUAACACGAGAUUGGAAAAAGUAGAAGAGAAAAAAAAAUCACCAUUGAUUUCGCAAAAUAGAAAAUAUGCCGCGGAAGAAGAUGGAAACUCCAGCCGAAAUUGAACAAGCAACUAAUUCGAAUGAAAUAUUUAGUAUUAUUUAAACAAAGAAAAUAUAACAUUUUUACACAAGUAAACAAAACCAAAUACAAAAAAAGUUGUUAACGAAAUGGUGGGAGGUGCAUGAAUGAGAGCAUAGAAUAUUUUCACCUGUAAUACUACAUACCAUCACCAAGUCCAAUCUAAAAUCUAAUAUUUGUGAAAUAGGAUAUCAAUUCAAACACUCAUACAUUUAUUAAUUUGACCCGAAACUUUUGAGAAAGAAUAACAACGGAUUACAUGUGUUUUUUGGUGUGUAUUUCGAUUCCAAUAUAGUGCAAAUCCCGUUUUGUUGGUAGGCAUAUGUAGUUCAAUGAUGUUAUCACAUUUUCACAUUUAGUUUUAAGCGCCGUCCGCAAAAUAUAAUUCGGAACUUCAAUGAACGCACGAUCUGAAAACAAUUUGCAUAUUCUAAAGGAAAAAAAAUUCAAUCUGAUAAUUCCGAACAACGGGCCAGCAUUAAAAUGGCCAUACAGAAACAAAAAUCAUUAUAUAUUCAAACACUAUUUCACUAAGGAUAUUGUUGUAUAUGGGCACGUUAUCAAAUACAUAUAUAUAUGCGGAAACGAUGAAA